UUAAGAGCUUCGGUGGUACAUCGCAACUUCCGGUCCAGAUGAUGAGGUCAGCGCCGCCUGGAUGGAAUGCUGUGGACCCAAAUUUUGACAACUGCAUGGCCAAGAGCAAAAUGCAGCUAAGUUCGUGACAAAUGAACGCUUUCGGCUGGAAUGGAGAAGUUUUGGGAGUCACAGACAUACAGGUCCACAGACUAGGCUGGAGAAGAGCGAUCACUUUCAUGUUGGCGAAGUUGAGGGCGAAAUACGAUGACGAGUCACAGCCAGACUAGCUCCCCGACGGGGAUCAAACCCAUCCCGGCCGUCCACGAGCUCUCGGUCUCGCGGGACACGCUCGGCACCUGCACCUCCAUAACGGACACUGUGGAGCUGGAAGGUUCCACUAACACCCUGGGGAGUAGCGACGUAGACUCGGAGAUGAACGGAGGGAUGGUGGGCGCCAUGGGCGAGGACUGGGAGGGGUCACCAAUGAAGAAGGUGGACAGAUAUGGAUUCAUGGGUGGGAGCCAGUAUACAGAGGAUGGUCCCAAUCUGCCAGUGGAAGUAGCGAGACAGCGGGAGCUGAAAUGGCUGGACAUGCUCAACAACUGGGACCGCUGGAUGAGCAAGAGGUUCAAAAAGGUGCGGGACAAUGAUAUUUCAGACAGCAGCACACAUCCUAUCUGGAGAACAGUAAAGCCCCACCCGAAGGUGAAACAGCGCUGUCGGAAAGGAAUCCCGGCGUCCCUACGCGGUCGGGCGUGGCAAUACCUGUCCGGCAGCAAGAAGUACAUGGAAGCCAACCCCGGCAAAUUCGAUGAGAUGGAUAAGAUGGCAGGAGACCCAGUGUGGGUGGAGGUUAUAGAGAAAGACUUACACAGACAGUUUCCCUUCCACGAGAUGUUCUGUGCUCGAGGUGGACACGGACAACAGGACCUGUACAGAAUACUGAAGGCUUACAGCAUUUACAACCCAGUAGACGGAUACUGUCAGGCCCAGGCACCGGUGGCAGCUGUCCUGCUCAUGCACAUGCCUGCAGAACAAGCUUUCUGGGCUCUUGUUGCCAUCUGCGAAAAGUACAUGAGUGGGUACUACAGUUCAGGACUGGAAGCGGUGCAAAUAGACGGAAUGGUGCUUAACGGUCUGCUGAAGAAAGCGGUGCCCAACGCUUACAAACACUUGAACAAGCUGAAGGUUGAGCCGAUCCUGUACAUGACGGAGUGGUUCAUGUGUCUGUUCUCACGCACACUGCCGUGGAGCUCUGUACUCAGGGUCUGGGACAUGUUCCUGUGUGAAGGUGUGAAGAUCAUCUUUAAGGUGGCGAUUGUCCUGCUGAAGAACACGCUGGGCCAGCCCGCGGUACUGCGGGAGUGUCCGGGGCUGUACGAGACCAUGGAGAAACUCCGCAACAUUCCACCCGAGGUCAUGAAGGAAGAAUACCUCAGCAGAGAGAUAGUUGAGUUGAAGCUUGGUGAGCAGGAUCUAGCGCGGGAGCACAACAUACAACUGGAGAAGUGGAGGGCGAUGCAUCCGAACGACUCCCUCCCGCGGUCGCGAGCCAAGGCUGCCAAACAGAACGGCAGAGGUCCAGAUGGUCUUGACAACGACAGUGAAACGCAGUCCCAGAGAACUGAGAGCGAGUUCGGUAGAAAUGAGGAAGGGGCGAUCGGAGGGAGUGAGCAAAAUGGCACUCUUGAAAAAGACUCCAAAAAGGACAAGAAGAAAAAGAAGGACAGUAAAAAGAACAAGAAAGGUGGAAACGAGGACGCAGAUUCUGUUUCUACUGUGUCGCUUCCUGAGGAGGGUUGGAAAGGAAAGUGGAAAAAGGACAGCAAAAAGGAGAAGGAUGAGGCAGAACCUGAAGACGGGAGAAUAGCAGCUGAAGAAGAAGAAAGACUCCAAGAAGAUGAGAAGUCAAACUCUAAGAAAGAUAAAAAGAAGGACAAGAAGGAAAAGAAGAGUAAGAAAGAUGAAGAAGUUGUGUCGAUAAAUGAGGAGACACCAGUCCCACAGGACACUCAAACAGUGGAAGAUGGGACUGCCUCCUUUAAGAAGAAGAAAGAUAAGAAAGAAAAGAAACUUAAGAAAGAUGCAGACUCCUUGUCACAGGAGGAUCAAGGUUCAGAAGGUGGGAGGUUUUCCCUGAGGAAGAAGAAAGAUAAGAAGGCGAAGAAAGGUAAGAAAGACGAAGACUCUGAUUCGAGAAGUGGUAUGUCGCCGACUCACCAGGAAAAACAAGACACAGAGGGCGGAAGGUUUUCUUUGAGAAAGAAGAAGGACAAGAAAGAUAAGAAAGCAGAAGACACUGACUCAAGAAGUGAAGCCUCAUCCAUACCACCAGAAACUGUACAGGAGGGCAGAUUCUCUCUGAAAAAGAAGAAAAGCACAAAGGAAAAGAAAGGAAAGAAGGAAGAAGACACGGACUCCAGAAGCAGAGCGUCUCCUGUUCCGUCCGAAGACCAGGUUCUUGAAGACGGUAAAUUCUCUCUCAAAGGGAAGAAGAAAGAGAAGAAAAGGCGAUGGAGCAAAAAAGACAAGGAGUCGCAAGAAUCGGGCGACCACUUGAGCUAGGAGUGGAGAAUUUUCUUUGACUUUUUGACAGCAUUUGACAUGACAGGAAAUUGACAGGUGUCAAUCAUAACAAAUGGCCUGGUACUUUUAAGGGACCCUAAUUGUGUUGCAUCAAGGGAAAGCCAGUCUAGAGGAGUCUGGAGACAUUAAGAGAUAAUACUUAAAGUAGAAUGGAGCUACGUCCUUAACAGUCAUGGUUUUGUUAAGGAUAAUGAACUGUUUUAAGAGGUUAUAGGAACAUUGGUAGUUUGGGUAGAUUCUGAAUAGUUGUAUUGGGGUAAAAAAAAAAUGAACUAAGUUUGUAAUUCAAUACUUUUGAAUUUUACGAGGACGUUGCAAUGCUCUACAAUGAUCAGGGAAACUAAAUGGAGUAUUCCUGGCUUUAAUUGUAUGGUUUUUAGAAUUCUGUGACGGUUUUUGACAUGGGAUUGAAUGCUGUUUUGAGGGAAGUUUUUUUUUACUUUCCUGCCAUUUACUAGUUGUGAAUACUUGUGUACAUUUAAUACAUUGUAAGUAGUUGUUUGUGACGGUUAACGAUUCGAUCCGCAUGUCAUUUUGCAAUGUCCGUUGUAUUUAACAUGGUUUCUAUCUACAUGUACCUGUUUUAGUAGCUCUCUCUAACUUGGAGCUUUCGUCAGAACUAUUAUAAAGAUCAUCCAGUGAAAAAUGAUAGGAAAGCCAUGGCAAUAUGAAAU